AUUCGAAGGUGACCUUUACGCAAUUCCUACUUCCUAUGGCGGGGACAGGGAGUAGUUCUUAAGCGUCUUCGUCCCUGGAAACUUGCAGCAGAGACUUGAUUCUUCAUUGGGCUAAAAUUGAGGUUUAAGAGGAUAGGCUAGUAAUGGGUUCGGAAAGCGAAAUUAUUGAAGAAAGAUUGAAAUCCUUGCUUGCUCAUCUCCGAACAGAAGCGGGUAUCCUUGAAAGAAUCGUCUACAAGAACAAGAACCAGCACCGACGGUGCCUCUAUUUCCAAUACCUUUUGAAGGUGAGGAGGGAUGUGAGGCUUUUGCUGUCAGCUUCACCGGAGGAUAUUCUGAAUCUCCAUUUUCAGCUUACCAAUGGAAAUAAACCUGCAGAGAAUGCGCGUCUUCUAGAGAUUCUAAAGAAUCAAAGGAAUAAUAGCGGAAAACAUAAUUUUCAUGAGAGACUUUUGGGAAUUGCACGCUUACUAUCGCAGAUGGUUGAGCCCAUGUUGAAGACAGCAAUUGAAAUAUCUUCUUUGCUAGCUAGAUCUUUUUUCAUGGGAUUUUCUCUUACAAUUUUGUCUCUUCUUGCACGCCUCAGAGUUUUGGUUCAACAGAUGUUACUUGAUGUUGUUUCAGUGUUCAACAUGGUCUCAGAUCUCUCUCAGAAAAAACACUCAGUAAAACUCACUCAAGAUGGAAUUGAGGUGUUUAGGGAAUAUUAUCCCUCAAAUAAGGAAGUUAUCAAACUGGAGUGCAUUUGGGAGAGAGACAAAUUUUUAUUACUUGAGAAAACCAACAAAAGUGAGAACAAAAACCAGAAUGGGGAUCUUGGAGAAGGAGAGGUUUCUCUGGAAUCAUCAAUGGUUCAUUACCAAAGUAUUGAACCUUUGCUUGAAGGUGAUGGAUCUGGUUGCAGAAAGAUGGAAACAGAAGACAUUGUUGAAGGAUUCUUAGGUCCCAGCAGCAGCAAAAGGUGUAAAAUUGAUGCAGCAUCUGAUCCCUCUAUCAAGAUUGACAACCGAGCACAAGUUGAAGGUUAUGGUAAUGAUGAAGGCCAGAUGGCAAACACAGAAUCCCCUCAAAAUAUCUUUUGCUCGGAGGGUGGCAUUGCUGCAAAUACAGAUUCAUGUCCAAAUCCAAAAUUAACAGAUGGCCAAUCUGGACCAAGGAAGCAAGUAGCUUUUGUCUCGGUGAGAAAACCCACACAAUCAGAAACAAAGGAAAAGGGCUCCUCUGUGAAAGCAAUCACCACUGCUUGGCCUUCAUUUAAUGAUGAUGAGGAUCCAUUCUUCAGUCUGCUUACUGGUGAUAACAAGAAGGAUAGCUUGUUCUGAUCUUCAUCUUCUGGCCAUUUUUGCACUCCUUGACAAGGAACUAUUGAGCCUAGGAGCCUAGUGGUGUCUAUGGCCUCGUGGUUGCAACACUACACUGCUCUGGUGAGCAAAGAGAUGGAUACAUAUAAUCAACUUGGCAUUGGCAGUCUUGCUCUUUUACAGAAAAAUGAAGCUUUCAACAAAAAAAAAUGUAUUUGUUUGCUUGUUUUUUCUGCUUUUUAUCUGAAAAGAGUGUAUAGCAAAAUGGGGGUCUUCACCGUUUUCAAUUGGUGCCAUGUAGUUGGGAUAAGAUUUUGUUUGUAAUUAAAGUGAAUGACACUGGAGAACGAGUUCUCGGCCUUUUCUAAUUUUAAAAAUUGAUCCACAGAUAUGAAGGAGUUUUAA